AAAAUAUUGACGUGUAAGUUUUGCUGCUUAUCGCUGGAUCAGUAAAUCGGUGUAAAACACGACAGCAGAAAAUAAAUAACUUUAAUUACCGGGCCAAUUUAAAGGGAAAACGUAACGGUUAAUGAAUUUCCUAAAAAGUGGUCUACAAACUGUGCUGGGCUCCCAAGAGCCUGGCACACUUCCGAGUGGUGCAGAGACGGUCGAGAGAUUGGUCGAGCGAGUAAGUUCCUCGACGCUGCUAGAGGAUCGUAGAGAUGCCUGCCGAGCCUUGAAAGCAUUGUCCAAAAAAUUUCGGGUUGAGGUUGGAGCCCAAGGAAUGCCCGUGCUUCUUCAAGUAAUGGAAAUGGACCGUGCGGAUGCCGAAAUUAUUGGUUAUUGCUUGGACACUUUGUGUCACGUCACUUCACCUGAACAGUUCGACGAAGAGGCUGAUAACCCGGCAAUCACCGUAAAUAUCGGAGAGCAAUUCACUGAAAUGUUUAUUAAAACGAGCGACAACGUUGGUUUGGUACUAAACUGUUUGGAAGAGUAUGAUUUUCGCGUACGAUGGUCGUCUAUUAAGUUACUGACCAGUCUAUUGGCGAACCGACCGAAGGAGAUCCAAGAAAUUGUACUAGUCAGUCCUAUGGGAGUAUCGAAGCUGAUGGACCUUCUGAUCGACAGUCGAGAAGUUAUCCGGAACGAUGCUCUUUUGUUGUUAUUUAAACUAACAAAAGGAAAUGCCAAUAUACAAAAAAUAGUGGCGUUUGAAAACGCAUUUGACCGAUUAUUCGACGUUAUAAAAGAAGAAGGCUGUACCGAUGGAGGAAUUAUUGUUGAAGACUGCUUGCUUCUGAUGCUAAACUUGCUUAAGAACAACCCAAGCAAUCAACAGUUUUUCAAAGAAGGCUCCUAUAUACAACGUUUAGCACCCAUGUUCGUUAUACCACCGGAGCAGGAGGAAGUCGGAAUGACACCACAGAAGGUUUCCAAUUUACUAUGCAUGCUACAGAUUGUAAGGUCGCUUGUUAGUCCAAUCAACUCACAGCAUGUCAUAUCUUCCUGCCAAAAAGCAAUGAGAAGCUCAGGACUAUUGGAAGGGCUUUGUAACAUCUUGAUGGGUAGCGGAAUAUCACCGGAUAUUCUCACGGAAACUAUCAGCACUGUUGCAGAAGUGAUCCGAGGUGAUAUCAAUAAUCAAGAGUAUUUUAACUCGGUUUUGGCUCCAAGCAACCCUCCUAGACCUGCAUUGAUUGUUUUACUAAUGUCAAUGGUCAACGAGAAGCAGCCCCUUCCGUUGCGAACUGCCGUGCUUUAUUGUUUUCAAAGUUUUUUGUAUAAAAAUGAACCAGGUCAGAAUGCCCUUAUUCAGACAUUGCUCCCAACAACCGCACAAGUAUCUUCCUUGACAUCCGGGCAGCUUCUAUUGGGUGGUUUGUUUAGUACCGAUCCGUUGUCUAACUGGUUUUCAGCGGUAACUCUGUCACAUGCACUACUCGAAAAUCCGACCCAAAAAGAACAACUCCUUCGUGUUCUGUUGGCCACCCUAGGUGUUAAUACGCCCGUUCCACUAUUGCAACAAUGCACUCAACUGCUACAGCAGGCCAGCAGUAAAUUCCAAAGUAAAGUUGCUCUUCUCAUGCUGUUGUCGAUUUGGCUAAGUCACUGCCAAAUGGCCGUUAAAACAUUCCUCUCCCUGUCAGGAAGUGUAGCAUACCUGAUCGCACAGAUCUCUGCCAACGAACAUGACGACAACGAGUAUUUGAUUCAGGGUCUGUGCGCGUUCCUAAUGGGAAUUUGUAUUCAAUUUAAUGACAGUUCCGUUCCUGGCAGUAAGCGCGAAGAUCUGUGCCAGCUGCUGAUUAAACGGAUCGGUUUGGAAACAUUUGGAACCAAAUUAGGUGAAGUGUCCAAGCACGAGAGUUACAGUCGGUCAGCGAAGCAUCCACAAAUUACAAUACACUCCAGUUCCGAUUUGCUGCUCGAUUACGAAUUUUGUAAAUUGUUCAAAGCGCUGGAAUCUAUUAUAACAAAAACUGUUAAUGGGUACGGAAACGGCACUGAGAACAUCACAGAACUCACACUAAGUCAGGAAGCGUCUGGGCUGGUCGGCCAAUACAAAGAUAUUAUCCGAGAUCAGGACAGCCGCUUGCAGCAAUUGCAAGAGCGACUUAAGCAAAUGGAAAUUGAAUCGACACAAUUGAAGGCACAACUUGACCAAGCGCAAAACACUAACUCACAACUUUCGGAUCAAAAUAUCCUUUUGAAGGCCCAACUUCAAGCUGCUUCCGAUUUGCAGAAAACUCAGCAACAUCAAUCACCAUUUCACUUGCUGUCUACUCAAGGAGAAAACACGAGUCACCAGCAGAUGGAAGCGCUAGAAGCGCAAUUGGCAGCAGUUACUCUUCAGAACCAGGAGCACCAAUCGAGAGCUGGCUACUACGAAACCGAAAACCAACGGCUACGGAAUGAACUGGAAAUCUUAAAGCAACGGACAAACGAAGCAGAAACGUCUGCCCAAGAAAGUAAAACCGAUUUGGAAAACUUGCGAAAAGAUCAAGAGGACCUCAUGGAAUUGAUGACCGAUCAGGAAAACAAGAUCAGAAUGUAUCGAAAACAACUAAAAAGUUUAGGCUGCAAAGUAGACGAUGAUAGCGACGAUGAAGACGAAGAUAUUCAGCUCCAGAACGGGCUGACUGUAGAUGGAAAUAUCGGACUACAACAGUAAUCAUGACUGGAACAUGGCAGAACACCAAGCAAUGUAUUUGUAGUCUAUGAAUUAUAAAACUCUUGCGUACCAUGGAAAUCUGUAAUUACCUUGCUGGGCUUGAAGUAAUGAAGUAACUUUAGGCUAUACCUAGACUCUCGGCUGGAAGCAAGUUGCCUUUACGUACUAUACCACAUGUAUAUCCACUUAAGGAAAUAAAAUAUGUAUUGCAAUAGUUGAAUCCUGUGGUU